AUGACUUCACGAACCCUUCCAAUCCUCAAACGCAUAAUCUCCUCCCCCACCACCGCUACUCGAUCCGUCACCUACAUGCCCCGACCUGGAGAUGGAACUCCGAGACCCGUUACUUUAAUUCCCGGCGACGGUGUCGGUCCACUCGUCACCGGCGCUGUCGAGCAGGUCAUGGAGGCCAUACAUGCCCCUGUCUACUUCCAGAAGUACGAGGUCCAUGGCGAUGCCAAGAGUGUGCCUCCCGAGGUGAUCGACUCGAUUAAGAAGAACAAGGUCUGUCUUAAAGGAGGGUUGAAGACUCCCGUCGGCGGAGGUGUAAGCUCUUUGAACGUGCUCUUGAGGAAAGAGCUUGAUCUCUAUGCAUCGCUUGUUCACUGCUUUAAUCUGCAAGGGCUCCCAACGCGCCACCAGGAUGUGGAUAUUGUCGUGAUUCGGGAGAAUACUGAAGGCGAAUACUCGGGGCUUGAGCACGAGGUUGUUCCCGGUGUUGUUGAGAGCCUCAAGGUGAUUACAAAGUUCUGUUCAGAACGUAUUGCAAAAUAUGCCUUUGAGUAUGCCUAUCUCAAUAAUCGGAAGAAAGUGACUGCAGUGCAUAAAGCAAACAUAAUGAAACUUGCAGAUGAGCAAUUUGAUGUUAUGGUAACACCUAAUCUUUAUGGGAAUCUGGUCUCAAAUACAGCUGCUGGUAUUGCUGGAGGUACUGGUGUCAUGCCUGGAGGCAAUGUGGGGGCUGAUCAUGCCAUUUUUGAGCAAGGUGCUUCAGCGGGAAAUGUAGGAAAUGAGAAUUUACUGGAGCAAAAGAAGGCAAAUCCUGUGGCUUUGCUUCUUUCAUCAGCUAUGAUGCUGAGACACUUGCAAUUUCCUUCAUUUGCUGAUCGACUAGAGACUGCGGUGAAGCGCGUAAUAUCAGAAGGAAAAUACCGGACAAAAGAUCUUGGUGGAGACAGCACUACCCAAGAAGUCGUGGACGCUGUCAUCUCAAAUCUGGACUGA